AUGGAUUAUGUACCACUUCCAUCAGAGCCAACUGAGAGCCUGCAAAUCCAGCAACCGGUAACUGUUUCAGCGCAAGGCACGUCCGCAAGUUCCUCGUUAGUGUCCCCGUCCCUUAUUGCUUCACCUCAUGACUUCCUUAUUCCCUCGAUUACUUCCCCUGCCAACUACGGCUCUCCACCUUCUAUUGAGUUCGGUACGACGCAACUCUCCUCUGCUUCAUAUUGCUAUUCUCAAUGCUCUAAUUUGCAUUCUCAGUCUUUGUGGCCUUCUGUCGGCAAUUUCCAGCCUUUCGGCAAUCAUACGGCCGUUUUAUCAUAUCAUCAAAUCCAGCAACAACAGUUUCUCUGUCAACCUCAACACCUUGGGCAUUGCACAGCAAUGGACUCAUUUUAUGGAGGUAUCUCGAGUCCACCGGGCACCACAUUUGGAUCAUCCUGUGGUGCUUUUGAUUCAUUUAGUGGUAUUGGCACAGGAGUCACGCCACAGCAAAAUGUCAGUUACGCUGGUGCUAUGAAUUUACCGCAGCAAUUACCUUUUUUAAAUAUUAUUGGUGAGCAACAGCCACUUACCAGAGAAAUAAUGCAAGAUUAUCUGAAUAAUCGUCAAAAAUAUGAUUGCAUUGUUAGUAUAUUUCAUGCUAAAGUGGCGCAGAAAUCUUACGGGAACGAAAAAAGAUUUUUCUGUCCUCCGCCAUGCAUUUAUCUUUUCGGAGAUGGAUGGAAGCAUAAAAAGAAGAUGGCGGAAGAUUUAUAUCGACGAUAUCGUGAAUAUCAAAAGCGAAGCGAUGUGCAGGAAACGGACUCAGAUGCGGAACGCAUUAGUGAAGCUCGGUCUACUGAAUUAUGCGCAUUUAUCGGAAUCGGAGCACCAUCUGAACAGGAAAAACAAACACUUGAUUUCUCCAGUAACAAGGAUUACUGUGCGGCGAAGACAUUAUACAUUUCGGAUGCCGAUAAACGGAAAUAUUUCGAGCUUUCGGUGCAGUUCUUCUAUGGGUCCGGACAUGAAAUUGGAGUUUUUUCUUCUCAGCGAAUUAAAGUUAUCAGUAAACCAAGCAAAAAGAAACAAAGCAUGAAGAAUACCGACUGCAAAUACCUUUGUAUCGCUUCUGGUACCAAAGUUGCCUUGUUCAAUAGGCUUAGGUCGCAAACUGUCAGUACGCGCUAUUUACACGUUGAAGGAGGAGGAUUCCAUGCGAGUUCGACAAAAUGGGGUGCUUUUACAAUCCAUUUGAUCGAGGAUGAUCCUGGCGCAGGUGAAUCGGAGGAUUUCAAUGUCAAAGAUGGCUUCAUUUACUAUGGUGCUUUAGUAAAACUCGUUGACAGCGUUUCAGGAAUUGCUUUGCCUCGUUUGAGAAUUCGUAAAGUUGAUAAACAACAUGUUGUACUAGAUGCAUCAGCAAGUGAAGAGCCAGUUAGUCAACUUCACAAAUGUGCAUUCCAAAUGGUUGAUUCUGAUACAGUUUAUCUUUGUCUUUCGCAUGAUAAGAUUAUCCAGCAUCAGGCUGUACCCAUCGACACAAAUCGACACCAGAUUAGUGAUGGAGCAUCUUGGACUAUUAUUUCCACCGAUAAGGCAAGUUUGGGAUGUUUUAACGAGAAUUUUAUUGAAACUAGUUUUUUAUCCAGUGAGUUGUUAUAUCUGCGAAAAAAAAUGGAAGGAGCUACAUAUACGUUGGCUAUUUGCACAUGCCCUUUUACUAAUGAACGUUGGUAUUUCAAGGCUGAAUAUCGAUUUUAUGAAGCCAUGGGACCAGUACGUCAACCAAUAACUCCAGUACCUGUUGUCAGUGGUAUGGAGCUGUACGGCGAUGGUGACCUUGCACGAGUCGAUCUCAUUGGUUCAAAUUUCAGGACGAAUCUUAAAAUUUGGUUCGGUACCAUACCAGUGGAUACCAUCUUCAGAUCAGAAGAAAUGAUGGGUUGUUUGGUACCUCCACUGUCGGCAGUUUGUCCGAAUUGGGCACCGUAUUGUGGUGAACCUGCUGCAGUACCUUUAUCUUUGGUACGUGAUGACGGUGUCAUUUAUUCCACAAAUAUGACAUUUAAUUACAAAAGCGAAACGGCUGCACGGUCUAUGGUGAAUCGCCGAUAUUUGGAAAAUAUGAGAACCUAA